AUGCGCUGGAAGAAGGCGAUAGAAAUGCGCAAAGAACUAAACUCACUGCGUUCCGCUAUUAUGGACAAUAUGAAGCAAACGGAGGAUCUAUCGGAUACAAAUCUGCGUAAACUAGCAGUAGAGGCAGAACAGGCGUGGAGAUUGGCCCGUAGUCGACCAUCGACAGCGGAUCCCCAGUCCAAUCUUAGCAGUAGUGGAGAAAUCUCUCCCGCGACCUCUGUCACGGAUCCGAAGCUCUCUCGAGAGCCACUUCGCUUCGAGAAAACUGUCCUCAAAUACCGCCACAAACUAUCACAACUGGACAAUGCAAGGCGUCGCUUCGUAAGAGAGGCGAGUAACAAGAUCCCGCAUUGGAUAGAAAUACAACAGGACUCUGCCGAACUUCUCAAGACCUUUCUUAAUCGUCACUGGCUGAUGCAAAGUGAGCUCGCUUGCCAUGUUUCUCUGAGUUGUUCGCGGGUGACCGCAUUAUUGGACAAGAACCUCUUUCCACUGAGGAUCUCUGCUCAUCUUCACGCGGCAUUUGAGCAGGAUCUCUCGGAGUUUCCAUAUAGCCCGCGGAUCUACAAAGAACCAAGCACGGAGAAAAACAGGAGGAAGAUGCUGUUCGGCGCAUGCUUGAACCACGAAGAAGAUCUUCAACUCACCGUUCUACAUACUUUGCUACAAGUUGCAAGGAAGGAGACACGAGUUAGUCGUAAAAGACAGAAAUCUGCGGAUGACACUGGAGAGACAAUUGCGUAUCUCGAAGCUUCUUGGCAGUCGGAUCCCCAGGCGAACUUGACUCUGGUUGAGCGACUCCCUUUUGCCAUGCGUGAUGCCCUCAUCAAACUCUACCUAUCUUCUCUUCCGUCUCCGCUACUUCCAAUCAGCAACGACAUGUUCACCAAGUACGCACUUCAGCAGGUCCGUGUGAAAGGCAUCAUAAGGUCUAUUCCAUGUCGAAACGUCACUCUUUUACGCGAUCUGUGCGACUAUGUAAAGAGGAUUGCCGAAGUGGACCACCGAGCCACACGUGCGUACGGAGUUUUGAUUAUCAGAGCGAGUAGCAACCUGAUGAGUGACGCUUCAAAUGAGAAAACAAUUGUUACUCUCAUGCGUCAGAUGAUCGCUUAUUUUAGAAAAGAGUUGGAGGAGACUGUGCUGGACAUCUCCCCUCCUCCGCAGUCAUAG